AAAGUCCUGUCAAUCAAUGAGAAACUGGAAAUGUGCAGCCCAUUUUCGCAUAGACCGCUGUAGACUGCGCGUUUGUAGUGACGGAAAAGUUGGAAAAGGUGUUUUUAGAAAAGCGUAUAGUCUCUUAAACGGUAGUUAUUAACGUCAAUAACGUGUUGACUGUGCUUAUAUCGGCGGGGGACGUUUUCUCAGAAACCUUGAACGACACACGGAGGGGUCAACAUGGCCCAGUGGAAUCAGUUACAGCAGUUGGAGACGCGGUAUCUGGAGCAGCUGUAUCACCUGUACAGUGACAGCUUCCCUAUGGAGCUGCGGCAGUUCUUGGCCCCCUGGAUCGAGAGCCAGGACUGGGCGUAUGCGGCCAACAAGGAGUCUCACGCCACGCUUGUGUUCCAUAACCUGCUGGGGGAGAUCGAUCAGCAGUACAGCCGCUUCCUGCAGGAGAACAAUGUCCUGUACCAACACAACCUGCGGCGCAUCAAACAGCACCUGCAGAGCAAGUAUCUGGAGAAGCCCAUGGAGAUCGCCCGCAUCGUGGCCCGCUGCCUGUGGGAAGAGCAGCGUCUGCUGCAGACGGCCACCACUGCACAGCAGGAUGGCCAGGUUGCCCAUCCCACUGGCACUGUGGUGACAGAAAAACAGCAGAUACUGGAACACAACCUGCAGGAUAUUAGGAAGAGAGUACAGGAUAUGGAGCAGAAGAUGAAGAUGUUGGAAAAUCUGCAAGAUGAUUUUGACUUCAACUACAAAACUCUUAAAAGUGCUGGAGAGUUGUCCCAGGACCUGAAUGGAAACAGCCAGGCAGCAGCCACCAGGCAGAAGAUGUCUCAGCUGGAGCAGAUGCUGAGUGCUCUGGAUCAGCUGAGGAGGCAAAUAGUGACUGAGAUGGCAGGGCUGCUGUCUGCCAUGGACUUUGUGCAGAAGAAUCUGACAGAUGAAGAACUGGCCGACUGGAAGAGGAGACAGCAGAUCGCCUGCAUUGGAGGACCACCGAACAUCUGCCUGGACCGCUUAGAGACAUGGAUCACCUCUUUGGCUGAGUCACAGUUGCAGAUAAGACAGCAGAUCAAGAAACUGGAGGAGCUUCAACAGAAGGUCUCCUACAAAGGAGAUCCGAUUAUUCAACACCGCCCAGCUCUGGAGGAGAAGAUCGUAGACCUGUUCCGCAGCCUUAUGAAGAGUGCGUUUGUUGUUGAGAGGCAGCCUUGUAUGCCCAUGCACCCUGACCGACCACUUGUCAUCAAAACAGGAGUUCAGUUCACCACCAAAGUCAGGUUACUUGUGAAAUUCCCAGAGUUGAAUUACCAGCUGAAAAUAAAAGUGUGUAUUGACAAGGAGUCAGGUGACGGGGCAGCCAUCCGAGGUUCACGAAAGUUCAACAUCCUUGGCACCAACACGAAGGUGAUGAACAUGGAGGAAUCCAACAAUGGCAGCCUGUCAGCAGAGUUCAAACAUCUGACUCUUCGAGAGCAGAGAUGUGGCAAUGGAGGCCGAACCAACAGUGACGCGUCUCUGAUAGUGACCGAAGAACUGCAUCUGAUCACGUUUGAGACAGAGGUCUACCACCAAGGACUAAAGAUCGACCUUGAGACACAUUCUCUCCCAGUGGUGGUCAUCUCUAAUAUCUGUCAAAUGCCAAACGCAUGGGCGUCCAUCCUGUGGUACAACAUGCUGACCAACCAUCCUAAGAACGUGAAUUUCUUCACCAAACCUCCAGUAGGAACGUGGGAUCAGGUGGCUGAGGUGCUCAGCUGGCAGUUUUCAUCCACAACCAAGAGAGGACUUACCAUCGAGCAGCUCACCACACUUGCAGAGAAACUUCUGGGUCCUUGUGUAAACUACUCUGGUUGCCAGAUCACAUGGGCCAAGUUCUGCAAAGAAAACAUGGCAGGAAAAGGUUUCUCAUUCUGGGUGUGGCUAGACAACAUUAUCGACCUAGUGAAGAAAUAUAUUUUGGCUCUAUGGAAUGAAGGGUAUAUUAUGGGCUUCAUCAGUAAAGAAAGAGAGAGGGCAAUCCUGAGCCCAAAGCCUCCUGGGACAUUCCUGCUGCGCUUCAGUGAAAGCAGCAAAGAGGGAGGCAUUACCUUCACCUGGGUCGAGAAGGACAUCAAUGGUAAGACCCAGAUCCAGUCGGUUGAACCGUACACUAAGCAGCAGCUCAACAGUAUGUCUUUCGCUGAGAUCAUCAUGGGCUACAAGAUCAUGGAUGCCACCAACAUCCUCGUCUCGCCGCUAGUCUAUCUCUACCCCGAUAUCCCCAAGGAGGAGGCGUUUGGCAAGUACUGCCGCCCCGAGGCCCAGCCUGACACUGAAUUCCCUGAUCCUGGAUGUGUAAUUCAGCCUUACCUGAAGACCAAGUUCAUCUGUGUCACCCCGUGUCCUUCCGUCUUCAUGGACUUCCCAGACAGUGAGCUGCUUGGAAACGGCUUCCCUGGGACUAACUCUGGCAACACAAGCGAUUUGUUCCCAAUGUCCCCUCGUACACUCGACUCUCUCAUGCACAAUGAAGCUGCCGAGGCCAACCCAGGACCACUGGAAUCUCUCACUCUGGACAUGGAGAUGAGCUCUGAUCAUCCCUCGCCAAUGAGAGAAGGGUUUGCAGCCUCCACAGUCUCAGAUAUGGAUACCUGCCGAAAUGCUUAGUUUUCCAUCAUUUUAGUGUGUUUUUUUUAUUUUAUUUCUAUUGAAUAAUCAUGUACAUAACGCUUAGGUGCUACAGCUUCUCUGUUUUUACAGUCAUAGCCAAAAGUGAGCAAACACGCUAAUAUUUUAACCUUCAUCCUUGUAUCAAUAUUCAAUUGAGCUCAUUCAAUGGUUAAGAUGUUAUUUGCCUUUUUUGUAGGAAUGUGAGGCCUUCAAGACGAUUUUUUUGACCUUUGUCAAUGUAAGCGUGAAUAUUAAGGCUCUUUAACAUGUUUAAUCGCAGACAUUUGGCCUUUGACUUGUAUUUCAUUGAAUGUCCACUGGUGUUAGCAAACAUGAAACAUAUUUUGAGCUGUUAGCAUAGCGCCAGUGAAUUCUUUGUUCUUUAUGUUGAUCUUUGGAAAUGAGUGAGAAGGGGUGUAAACUUCACGGUAGUAUUGAUGGAAUGGAUUGGUACAGAAGUAUCAUUUAUGGUGAGAUCAUAAGUUGUAAAGUAAGUUUGUGCAUGCAGGUCUAUAAUGUCCCUUUUAACUUCUGGUUCACGUGAAUAUACUGUAUUUUAAUGUUGAUGAAAAAUAUUUUACUCUUUUAUUGGAUGUCUUUGGGAAGUGAAUGGAAGAAGAUAAAUAUAUAUAUGAAUAUACAUUA